AUGGCAAAGGGCAAGAAUAAAAAGAGCGAAAAUGUAUCCGGCAGUACCCGCAAUUCAAACGGUCAUAAAUCAAAGCAACACCACGUCCGCAAAGGAAGACAGGAAACCGGAGCAUCAUCUCCAUCUUUCACCACCACCACCACCACCGACAACACUACCACCUCCACUUCCGGCGAUGCUACAUCCACCGCAAAGUACAAGCUCCCCACAAAGCUCGCCAUGUGGGAUUUCGACCACUGCGACCCCAAACGAUGUAGCGGCAAGAAACUCGAGCGGUUGGGCCUCAUCAAAAACCUCCGCGUGGGCCAGAAGUUCCAAGGUAUAGUAGUUAGCCCCAACGGCAAAUCCACCGUUUGUCCCCAUGACUUGGAAAUCGUGGAAGCCAACGGUGCUGCAGUUGUCGAGUGUUCAUGGGCCCGGCUAGACGAAGUGCCAUUUGGUAAGAUUGGCGGCAAACAUGAACGGUUGUUGCCCUAUUUAGUAGCGGCCAACCCUGUCAACUACGGCAGACCGUGGAAGUUGAACUGCGUCGAGGCUCUCGCUGCCUGCUUUGCGAUUGUGGGCCAUAUCGACUGGGCAGAGCUGCUCUUGGAGAAGUUCUCGUGGGGGUUGACUUUUUUGAAGAUUAAUGAGGAGUUGAUCCAGGUGUAUCAGAAAUGUACCGAUUCUGAAAGUGUGUUGCAAGCUCAGGACAAGUGGUUGGAUAAGAUUGAACGGGAGUCGAAGGAGAGGAAAGAGCAGGCGCAUAACGGGGACGUUUGGAUGUUGGGAAACGUGAACCGCAAGCAUGAAGAGGAGGAGCUCGAAGGCAGUGGCAGUGACAGUGGCGAUGACGGUGACGGUGAAGGAAGCGAAGUAGAAUAUGACAACCUCGGUAAUGUGAUUUCAAAAGGGCAAUCCUUGGGAGAUAGCGAGAAAGAUUAUGCCGAGAGUGAGGAUGAGAGUGAGAGUGACGUCGAAUAUGAUAAGCUUGGAAAUGUCAUUCCCAAAAAGCGAGUCUCAAUAAAUGACGAUUCUGAUAGCGGGGGGAACGAAGAGGAAGAGCUGCCGAUAGAGCUGGAGAAGAUAACCUAUGACAGCUUGGGAAACAUUGUUUCCGAAAAAGUUGGCGCUCUCAGUAUAUAG